AUGAAAACUCAAUUUUGUUCUGGCCAUCGGUGGUCGACUAUUGUUUCGCGAUCAUCUGCGGAAAUUGCCGAUGGCGGAGAAUCUGGCUUCGCGGCGGCGUUUGUGUUGACAGUGCGAGAGAACACCUCGGCCGUUCCCCGUUUCGAUGACUGGCUACUGACGUCGUCGUCGUCCGCUCGGCAGAGGUGCCAAGCACGUGAGGGCAGUCUCGAGAACGAGACUCGAAGAGAAGACGUAAAACGAAACGAGAGGAGUAAUGAAUGGACGACAGCCGAAGCCAGUCUCACCCCGUCUCCUGCUCGUCGAUGCCGCUGCCGAGUAGAUUCGAAGACGAAUGCGAUGUUGGUGGUGUCAGCCGUGGUCAUCAGAGCAAACCAGGUUUUUUAA